AUGAUUGGGGCUGGUAAAACUCAAUUUGCAGAAAGUUUACUUCAAAAGUUUCAAAAAGAAAGAAAACGAGUUUUACUUGGAAAAGAAGUUUCUUUGUUGAUUGAAGAAGAACUUAAUCUUUAUUAUGAGGCAUUAAAUAUUAAUUCAAAAAAUAAAUCAAUUGUGUUUUGGUAUCAAGAUAAAAUUAUUCAAGAAUACCAAAAAUAUAUGAAUACUAUUAAUAGUAAUUUUGAAAAGAAAAAUUUCUUCCUUAUUUAG